UGUAAUAAAGCUGGUCUGUCUGUAUUUAUUUUGGACAGGGUUUGUCUGGGGGUUUAUUGUGAUUUUUUUUUUUUUGGCUAUAAACAAUCUGGAAACCUCCCCCGCCCCAAUUCAGAAGAAUAAAUAUGCAUGGCUUGUAAUUCUGUUGCAGUUCUUGCGCCCAGCUGAUACGGUGACGUGCAGUUUGGAGGCUUGGAGAUUGGCUUUUUGAUUUGGCUUCUUGCUGCAGUUGUGCAAACCUCGUUGUCUCUCAGAAGUCGGGCUCAGCGGCUUGCCUGGCGCUGUGAUGCUGGAAAGUCUCAGCUGAGCCCCGAUGGUGUGAGAGAAAAGGGGGAAGCCCGGCACAUUCGAUUGCAAUUGGGGCACAAUCCAAUUUUUCCUCUUCAAUCCCCAUUCCUCCUCCUCAUUCUUCCCCUUCCCACAUCUCCCCUCCCUCCCCAAACUAUAUUGCACACCCCCUGAAGAUCAAGGCCGGGGGAUUUACCAACAUUCAACCACCCCUCCCUGCCCCCCCGCCCCCGAUUUCCCGAUGCACUUCCCCACUCACCCUGACAGCUGCAAAAGAGAGCAGAGGGUUUUUAGCAAGCGAGGCAAGUUGGACUGACAUGCAAAGGAGGACCCCGCGCCCCUCGCCAGUCAGUGAUUAACCACCGGCUGCAAUGAGCUCUGUUUAAGAACCGGCAGGAUCUGUAUUGGGGAGCAAGCCAGCCCCCCAGGAAGCCAACCAGGAGGGAUACUUGGCGUUUUCAGAAGACUGUUGCAUCUACACAGUGGAAGUCAAAUUUUGUGUAUGGCGUGGUUAAGGUUGCAGCCUCUCACCUCAGCCUUCCUCCACUUUGGGCUGGUUACGUUUGUGCUGUUUUUGCAUGGUUUGCAGGUGGACGCUGGCAUAACGGGAGAGUCUCUGAGUACAGGACAAAACAGCUCGUGCUCAGGAUCUUCUGAUUGCAAGGAGGGUGUUAUUUUGCCAAUAUGGUACCCAGAAAAUCCAUCCCUUGGGGACAAAAUCGCCAGGGUUAUUGUUUAUUUUGUGGCACUUAUCUACAUGUUCCUCGGAGUCUCCAUCAUUGCGGAUCGUUUCAUGGCAUCAAUAGAGGUCAUUACGUCACAAGAAAAAGAGAUUACAAUCAAGAAACCAAAUGGGGAGACCACCACGACUACUAUUCGGGUUUGGAAUGAAACUGUUUCCAACCUGACCCUGAUGGCUCUAGGUUCUUCUGCUCCUGAGAUUCUUCUGUCAUUGAUAGAGGUAUGUGGCCAUGGAUUCAUAGCCGGAGAGCUGGGGCCCUCUACCAUUGUUGGCAGUGCGGCUUUCAACAUGUUUAUCAUCAUAGCCAUCUGCGUCUAUGUGAUCCCAGAUGGGGAAACCAGAAAGAUAAAACACCUGAGGGUGUUCUUUGUCACAUCUGCAUGGAGCAUCUUUGCUUAUAUCUGGUUGUACAUGAUCCUUGCUGUCUUCUCUCCAGGUGUGGUGCAGGUCUGGGAAGGCUUGCUCACUCUGUUCUUCUUCCCUCUUUGUGUCCUCCUGGCUUGGGUGGCAGAUAGAAGGCUGCUCUUCUAUAAGUACAUGCACAAAAAAUAUCGUACUGACAAGAACAGAGGCAUUAUCAUUGAGACAGAAGGUGAACACCCUAAGGGAAUAGAAAUGGAUGGCAAGAUGAUGAACUCCCACUUUCUGGAUGGAAAUUUAGUAACUAUGGAUGGGAAAGAGGUGGAUGAAUCUCGCAAAGAGAUGAUCCGGAUCCUCAAGGAUCUGAAGCAAAAGCACCCAGAAAAGGACUUGGACCAGCUGGUAGAGAUGGCCAACUACUAUGCCUUAUCUCACCAGCAAAAGAGCAGAGCCUUUUACCGCAUCCAAGCCACCAGAAUGAUGACUGGAGCUGGCAACAUUCUGAAAAAGCAUGCGGCCGAGCAAGCCAAGAAAAGCACCAGCUUGCACGAGGUGCAGGCAGAUGAACCUGAGGAAUUCAUCUCCAAAGUUUAUUUUGAUCCUUGCUCCUACCAAUGUCUUGAGAACUGUGGCGCUGUCCUCCUGACAGUGGUGCGGAAAGGGGGUGACAUGUCCAAGACCCUCUAUGUGGACUACAAAACGGAGGAUGGCUCUGCCAAUGCUGGUGCUGACUACGAGUUCACAGAGGGAACUGUGGUCUUGAAGUCAGGGGAGACCCAGAAGGAGUUCUCUGUGGGGAUCAUUGAUGAUGACAUCUUUGAGGAAGACGAGCAUUUCUUUGUGCGGCUUAGUAACCUCCGUGUGGUUGAGACUGAGGAACCUGCUGAGCUCAACAAUUUGCCAUACCCAAAGGCCAUACUGACUUCUCCUUGCGUGGCCACAGUGACUAUCUUGGAUGAUGACCACGCGGGCAUCUUCACAUUUGAGUGUGAUGUGAUGCAUGUCAGUGAGAGCAUUGGCGUGAUGGAAGUCAAAGUCCUUAGGACAUCAGGCGCUCGAGGUACGGUCAUAGUCCCAUUUAGGACAGUAGAAGGGACAGCAAAAGGAGGCGGAGAGGAUUUUGAAGAUGCUUAUGGGGAGCUGGAGUUCAAGAAUGAUGAAACGGUCAAAACAGUUCACAUCAAGGUAAUUGAUGAUGAGGAGUAUGAGAAAAACAAGACUUUCUUCAUUGAGCUGAUGAGCCCACGCAUGGUGGAUAUGAGUUUACAGAAAGCGCUGCUACUCACUCAAGAAGUGGCUGAGAGGAAGCUGACCAUCGAAGAGGAGGAAGCCAAGAGGAUUGCAGAGAUGGGGAAGCCCGUGUUGGGCGAGCAUCCCAAACUAGAGGUCAUCAUUGAGGAGUCCUAUGAAUUCAAGAGUACCGUGGACAAGCUGAUUAAGAAGACAAACCUGGCUUUGGUUGUAGGGACACAUUCCUGGAGGGACCAGUUCAUGGAAGCCAUUACUGUUAGUGCAGCUGGUGAUGAAGAUGAGGAUGAGUCUGGUGAGGAGCGCUUGCCAUCCUGCUUUGACUACGUCAUGCACUUCCUCACUGUCUUCUGGAAGGUGCUCUUUGCUUGCGUGCCACCCACAGAGUACUGCAAUGGCUGGGCCUGUUUUGUGGUGUCCAUCAUGAUAAUUGGCAUGCUCACCGCUGUCAUUGGGGACCUCGCUUCCCACUUUGGCUGCACCAUUGGCCUCAAGGACUCGGUGACAGCUGUUGUCUUUGUGGCCUUUGGCACCUCAGUACCAGACACUUUUGCCAGCAAAGCAGCCGCCAUCCAGGAUGUGUACGCUGAUGCCGCCAUCGGCAACGUCACGGGCAGCAAUGCCGUCAACGUCUUCUUGGGCAUCGGAUUGGCGUGGUCCGUGGCUGCCAUCUACUGGGCUUCCCAGGGACAAGAGUUCCAUGUGUCAGCGGGCACGCUGGCCUUUUCCGUCACGCUUUUCACCAUCUUUGCUUUUGUCUGCAUCAGUGUCCUGCUGUACCGGAGACGGCCUCACCUUGGAGGGGAACUAGGAGGCCCCAAGGGGUGCAGACUUGCCACGACUUUGCUCUUUUUGAGCCUGUGGCUCCUGUACAUUCUUUUUGCCACGCUGGAGGCCUAUUGCUAUAUCAAAGGGUUCUAAGCCCUGGAGAGAGGAUGAAGUCGGGGGGGAGGGAUCCCCUUCCUCUGUUACCUCAUUGGACACCAGUCCUCCAAGUGUUGUUAAACCAGAAGUGACAGUUGUCAGAGUCCACAGUUGCCCGGACAGGAGGACAACUGGGCUGCAAGAAGGGCAAAAUUAUCAUGAAACAAAAACAAGUUAAAAAAUACAAAAUAAAUUUAAGGUAUUUAAAUAAAUCAAACAAAAUAAACCCAGUCACUGACCCCAUUCAGUGACAUUCAGAAUCUUCAGCCACCUUCAGAGAUCACAUUUUCUUUAUUUUAUUGUUUUCUUUUUUCUGUCCUCCAUUAUGAAAUGGUAUCGUGUAUUUCUAAACAGGUUGAGAAUUACAGAAAUAAGUUGGAUCAAGGUUUUGCGGGCAAAGAGAGGAAACAUGUUGCUUUAAGUUUUUUUCUUCCUUUAAAUAGACAAAAAAAUGUUAAAAAUCAAAACCAAAAGCUUCAAGCUGCCAUCAGUGCUGGAGCUGAACCAUGCAUUAUUUGAUGCCACAAAAACAAUGUCACAGUCAAAUGACUCACUGUUAUCUGUUUCGUGCUUUCAUUUCUUUAAGUAUAUCAUGAGACUGAUGUAUUUCAAAUGCAAGUACAAACACACACACAGGAAAAUACAAUGAUGAAGGCUGGAGCCUGGAGCCACUCACACACCUGCCUGGGAUUUAAAA